AUGACCCCGUUAAUGCUUUGCACAAGCCUCGUCAUUCUGUUUGUAUUGAAACAAGGAAGUAUUUUAGAAUUACAAGCGCAGAAAAGUCAUGAGCACACUCAAGAAUACAAUAUUCGGCGUCCAAUUUGUUACACCAUACUAGGACAGGCUCAUAAGCUGAUAUACAAGAACACAGGGAGAAUCUGGGUAUUAACUUUGUUGCACACUGGAUCUGUUUGGAAGUUUAGCCGAGGGAAGGGUGUAUUAUGUACUAUAGGCUUCCAAGCAAAUAACUUGCUGACCCCAGAGCUAUUGUACUGGGACUUAUUCUAUAGAACCAGGUCUGUUAAUAUUGUACCCCAAUCUCUAGGUGAAAGUCCAAGAAUAAGAAUAAGAGAUCUAGACCAACAGAUCUGCACAGUAAUCCAUGCAAAUCUCCGAGAAGAAGAAGAAAACAUUCUUACGAAACAACGGAGACAAUAA